AUGGAGAACACUCUAGUUCAAGUCGCGCACGCCUGGGGUGUAACAGGCGCAGCACUUUUGUCAGGCUUCAUCGUGUGCUUCAGUCAUGCCGGAGUGCCAACGCUCAGCAUAGCUCCAGUCGACACGCUCGUGCAUCAGUUCAAGACUAUGUACAACAUCGGAAAAGCGACAUCGCCUCUGAUUGCCAUCACUGUCACUCUAUGUAAUGGCUACUCGGCCUAUCGUGCUAGAAAUGACACCGAGCUGAUCGGCAAUGUUGCAUCACCGUUUGCCUUGUACGCAGCAGCAGCGUUCGUUGUACCUUUGAUUGUCCCCUAUACAUUGCUGUAUAUGGAGCCCCAGGUUAACAAGAAAUUGUUGACACUGGGGGGAAUGGUCGAGCAGGGGACUCAAGCGAAGGAUCUUGGGGUGAGCGAUGAGGAGGUCCGAAUCAUAUUGAAAAGGUGGAAGGGGAUGAACUUUCUUCGAGCAGCACUUGUGGCUAUUGGUGCUGCGCUCAGUGCUGUCGCUUCCUUCAGUUAG